GUAUUAUACUUGUUCAAGCAAAUCUUGUCAGUAGGAAAAGGCGGCAAAUUUGAAAAAUGUAGGCGUAAAGGGAUAUCGUCUCAUAGCAAAUUUGAAUUACGCGCGUUUUUCUACUGACAAGAUUUGCUUGACCAUCUAUAUUUAUUCUGUGAUAGUGUUAUUUUUUUUAAUGGCGCCAAAUUUAAAUUAUAUUUUAUGCUAGAUGUAGUAUGUCGUCGAGUAGGUAUCUCGCGUCGAGUCUCUCUGGUCGAGUCGAUAUUUUAUUUAGUAAACGUUUAGAGAAAAUAGAAAAAUUACACAAAAUAUGAAUGACAAAAUUUAUAUUCUGAAAAAUAAACUAACAUCAGGUUACUUUUAAUUAUAUACCAUUACCUUAGUUAGAUCCCUAUCAUAUUUACUGAAUAGGUAUAUGUUCAUUAUAUGGUGAAAAUAAACAUUCAACAUAUUUUCAGUAACAAAACAAAAGAUGAAUACAGAAAGAGACGUAGGCAAACUUCGUAUAACGGGCAGUAGUCUUUCUGAAGAACUUGCUGCAAUUAAAUCUGAAUUAGAGUUUUUUAUUGGACAGUUAGAGGAAUCAAAAUCGCAGAUAUCCAACGCAUGCCACCAAAUAGCUAUGAUAAAAAUUUGUACAAGUUCAGAAACAAGUAAGGUCAGCAGUCACGUAGAGCAUUUGAAUGCUCACCGAGAAGGAUAUUAUGUCUUGUUUGAUAAGGAACGUGCGCUAUCUGAAGUACGAGAGAAAGAGAUGAGGGAAAAGGAAGCCGAAGAGUUGGAGUCGGAGCGUCAAAAACUAAAGAUUGUGGCCGCGAGGAACGACCAGCGCGCGCGGGAGGCUGCCGUGCUGGACGCUGAAAGCCAUGCCAUUGAGCAGGCCUGUGUCGUAUUAAAGAAACGAAAUACCGCGAUAAUGCUGAAAUUAAGAAGAAAACUUGUUGAAACCGAAGACAUUCGACGAGAACUUCUAAAGCAAAAAGAACAAGUCAAUGGCAAUAAUAACGAGCAAAAGUGAAUGAUAAUAAUGUAGUUAUCCUUAUUUACUUUCCUUAUU